CUCGUCCCUCGAUCUGAUCUUCGCUAAGUGCUCUUCCGGUUGAUGUUCCCACUUCCCCCACUUCUCGAUUAGUGCCUCCAUCGUUACCCAAGGUUUCUCGUCAUUGGUCCCACAGCUUCAUGUCGGAGGACGGCAUGCCCCAGCCCAUCGAAUUCUUCAUCGCCUCUGACGCUUCCACCAUUGUGGAGCACACCAAGCGCGUGCUCUACUUGGAAGAUGAUGACAUCGCUCACAUCGCUGAGGGUCAAUUACACAUUCACCGUCUGCGCCGGGAUGAGUCUGGUAAGGCUGAGACACCUGCCAUUUGCAACAUCGAGACGCUCGAGAUUGAAAUCGCCGAGAUCAUGAAGGGCAAGUUUAAUCACUUCAUGCAGAAAGAGAUUCACGAACAGCCCCAAUCCGUCGUCAACACGAUGCGUAGACGCGUGAACUUUGAUGAUCGUUUCUCGCACUAUGGACUGCUUGCAAAGUCUUUUGAACAUUAUUCUCCUGCAGCUGUUGAGCUACCACUUGGCCAUCAAGAACGGGUUUGACGUCGACUUCCCGCGUAACUUGGCCAAGUCAGUCAUGACUGAGUAAAUGACCAGCCGUGACAUGCGUAUCGUUAGAUCAGGUUAUCAUCACGCACCUCAAAAUUACUGUACACAUACGCGUAAAGCUUGAGAUUACUGCGAGUCGUAGCUCAAGUAUCUCAUAAUUAACUAAUUAGUACGGGAGUCC